AUGGAUCCAUCGAAGCGCAUCUGCCUGAAAAACCUGCCGGAGGGGUGUACCAAGCGUGAAAUCGCCGAACUGGUGCGCAAUCGCACAGGCACACCAAUCCACAGCAUCGACCUCGGCCUCGACCCCGACGGACAAACGCGGCGCUAUGCCCAUUUCUCCUGCGAAGGCGCGAAGCAUGUUCUGGAUGUGCUGAAUGGUGGAGUAGCGCUGCGCAACUCCACCAUCUAUGCCCAUCCCGCCAAGAUGCACUACUCGUUCCGCUACGCUGAGGCUCGUCGCAAGCGAGAGCGAGAGGAAGCGGAGGAGAAAGAACAGCUAGAGGCUUUUUGGGCUGCCUCGAGGCAGCGCUUUCUGGAUCGCACCAACGGGGGAGAGCUCCCGAAGAACAAAGCCCCCAAAGACUUCUACGCGUCAAAGCGCAAGUACGCACGUAUUGCAGCAGAGAUCGCUCAGAUGUCGCGCAAUGUGCACGCCGCCGCGGGAGGUGAUGUCUAUGCCGAGCACCCACGCGGCGCCACCCGCACACAGGCAUCCUUCUCAGGUGCAGACUGUAGAACGAAUAGCACGCAACGAGCUGCUUCCAGGGAUCAGUCCACCUUAGAUGGUGGGUUUGCCGCGACUGGUGAACCACGUCGAACAACCGCAGGCGGUGGUGCUGUCAAGGCAGCAAAGAAGCGCGCACCGCGGCCCACAGCUUCCAGGUCGAAAGCGCCUGUUGCAGCACCACCACCGCCGCCGCCGCCGCCAGAGCCCACGAAAGAGGAGCGCAAGCUGAGCGGCCUGCAGGCGAAGUUAGCUGCGCUGAAGGAGAAGCUGAAGCAGUGA